AUGUCGCUCCUUCGUCAACCCAUCGCCCGCGCAGCCAGGACUGGCCUUUGCCGUCAUGUCGCCGCUCCCGCAGCUGUCGCCCAGGUCCCUGCUCGAUGUGCGUUCACGAGCGAUGAUAGCGCCACUACCUGCAAUGCAUCGCUGACCAGACGCUCUCGCUGUGCCACUUAUCUUCAGCGAUGAGCCUCGCUUCUACCCAAGCACCCAUCAGAAACGGUCGCAGCAACAUCGCCGCUGCGGCCGCGGCUCGCCUUCCUGGCGCAGUGAGGACAUACGCUGCUGAAGCGGGCAAGAAGUAUGUGCGAAACAAGCCACACAUGAACAUCGGUACUAUCGGGCACGUCGGUAAGUAGCUUUGUGAAGGCAAACUUGAAGAAGCCGCUCGCUGCAAUCUUGUGUCUCAUGCUUGUUCUCGUCAAUGACCCAUCUCUACCUGCAGAUCAUGGAAAGACCACUCUGACGGCUGCCAUCACAAAGGUUCUCUUCGAGUCCAGCGGUCAGGGCAAGUUUGUGGACUAUGCGAGCAUUGACAAGGCGCCCGAAGAGAAGGCUCGUGGUAUCACCAUCUCCAGUGCGCACGUCGAGUACGAGACGGCGAACCGCCACUAUGCGCACGUCGACUGCCCGGGUCACGCCGAGUGAGUCAUGGAGUGUCACGCGCAGUUAGUCGCUCGCAGCGAAAGCCAUGAGCUGCUCUAGGCUCAAGGAUCAGAAAACAGAAUUCUGGGGUUGCACUGAAUCAGUAGAGCUAGCUCCGCUGGAUGGCCGGCUGACUCUGGCUGCCCUUCGCAUCAGCUACAUUCGCAAUAUGAUCACGGGUGCCGCUCAGAUGGAGUAAGUUUUGGCGUCCUUCAAGAACCCCAUUCGCUGCUCUGCUAACAAAACGCUUGCACCUCCACAGUGGCGCGAUCAUUGUUGUGUCCGCAACCGACGGACAGAUGCCCCAGACGCGAGAGCAUCUGUUGCUUGCCAAGCAGGUCGGCAUCAAGAAGUUGGUCGUAUUCAUCAACAAGGUGGACCAAGUGGACGACAAGGAAAUGCUGGAGCUGGUAGAUAUGGAAAUGAGAGAUCUGCUCUCUACCUACGGCUUUGAUGGAGAGAACACCCCAAUCGUUCAGGGUUCAGCCUUGGCUGCUCUGGAAGGAAAGAACCCCGAUAUCGGCAGCGAGGCCAUCGUGAAGCUGAUGGCCGAGACGGACGCUUGGCUUGAGCAGCCCGUCCGUGAUCUUGACAAGCCUUUCUUGAUGCCCGUGGAGGAUGUCUUCUCCAUUUCCGGGCGCGGAACUGUUGUCACUGGCCGUGUGGAGCGUGGCAUUAUCAGCAAGGGGCAGGAGAUCGAGUUGGUCGGUCUUGGCAACAGCUUGAAGACCACCUUGACGGGCGUUGAAAUGUUCCACAGAGAGCUUGACCGAGGAGAAGCUGGUGAUAACAUGGGAGCUCUUCUGCGUGGAGUUCGCCGAGACCAGGUGCGCAGAGGUCAAGUGCUCGCUCUGCCAGGUUCCAUCAAGCCGGUGAAGAAGUUCGAAGGACAGUACUACAUUCUCACAGCCCAGGAGGGCGGACGCCGCUCCCCCUUUGCGAGCGGUUACAGGCCACAGCUCUUCAUCCGAACCGCGGACGUUACAAUCUCUCUGACAUUGCCAGAGGGCCAAGAGGAUCAGAUGGUCAUGCCUGGAGACAAUGUCACCCUUAAUGGCGAGCUCACUCAUGAUCUGCCCAUCGAGAUCGGAAGCAGAUUUACCCUGCGAGAGGGAGGUCGCACUAUUGGGACCGGUAUCUGCACCAAGAUUGUUGCCUAG